AUGGCGUCACGGCUCGGAGGUCAGAACCUGACGAAAAAAAAGGACGCUAUGCCAUCUAUCAUGUCGUCCCUUGUGGGUGUGUGUGUAUAUCAUUGCAGGAGGCAACCAGAACAACGCCCAGCCAGCCGCUGCGGCUGCUGCUGCCGCGCCUCCCUCCCCUGGCGAGGCUGCUGCCAUUGCUGCUGUUGCCGCCGCUCAACUUGAAGGCCACGCUGGGGUUGACGGGCAGCUGGGCUACGUCCCCCCCUCACCCGGUGCGGCCGCUGCCAUCGCCGCUGUGGCCCGAUCUGAGGGCGGAGUUUGGGGAUGCCAUUCAUGGCUCCUGCACCUGGUUUCGGCCCUGCUACUGCAGCGGCGGCUGGCGCACGUCAGUUCCCCGAUCGUAAGCAGAGACCACAGACCACAGACAGACUGACUGACAGACAGACAGAGACAGACUGACUGACUGACAGACAGACAGAGACAGACCAGUGGUAUGAAUCACUGGCACGUAUUUGUGUGCGCCUGUGUGUUGUGUGUUUCAGUGGAUACGUAUGAGGCACUCCACGCUGCCUGCCGCGCCCACCCUGACCGCCCCGACCACGUCAUCGACGGCGACCGCCUCAUCAUCGGCAGUGCGUCGUCAUUCGGAUUCCUCGAAUACGCACCAGGUACACACCACACAGAACACAGUGACCACACAUACACAUGGCCCUGUAUCUGCCUCUCUCUCUCUGUGUGUGUGUAGGUGUUCAGUUUGCGCACGUGCCUCCGGAUUCCUUCAACGACGACGAGGACGACGAGGCCCAGCGGACGGUGGUGGCGGCCGCGCCCGGGGCGUCAGGGACGGCAGCAAGGGCACUCACAGGAUAAAGGGCCGAAACAAGCUCAGCCGUUUCUGUACGAAACACUAUUUUAUGGGCACCACACGCGUACACACUGACUGGAUGGCUUGUGUUGUUGGUGUUCUGUUGGUCACACCCCUUGUCCUGUCGCCAUGCCAGGCAGCGCCGCCAACACCAGCGCCACCACCAAGGCCCACCUGCUCCUUGACCACCUCAGGCAGCAGUGCGACCCAGUGACUGUCGGCAUCUCCUGGUCGGAGCGGCGGAGCAGAUUCUUGGUGGGGAUCUGGCAGGGGGGUCGCGUCCGCAGCGGCGGUGCGGUCGUGCCCGCGGGGGACACAUGGGACGAGAUGCUCAAGGCGCUCCGCGAUGGGAUCGACAACCGCAACAACCUGGCGGAGGAUCUCAGCAUCCCCAGCCGAGUGGAUGCCUCCUUGCUCAACACAUUUCAGCAACCCCAACAAGAGAGGGAGAGCGAGGAGGAGGGCGAGGCCGCCGCAGCGGCCGGAGCGGCCGGAGCGGCCGACGAAGGAGCCGGUGAGCUAAGCACGUGUGAUCCAACCGAGGGAGGGCACAGCGUGGUGAGGGUAUUCCAUUCAUGUGUCUGUGUUGUGGUGCUUUCUGCUUGCCAUGUGUCUCUGAUAUGUCUCUGGCUUUCCAACCAGCAGACGAAAGGGAGCUGCCCGUCAAGGUCACUGAGGGUGAUGCGACGCGGGGGGAUCUGACUGUCUCUCUGUGGCGUGUGUGUUCAGGUGGACGACCCAAUGGGGGAGGAGCGUCGACAUCAACAAAAGGCCAUCUGAUCCUUCGACGAGAUCGAUGUCUUCGAGGCCACACUGGGGACACACCCCAAGGAACAGGUGCUGCCCGCCAACCCCAGGUUUAAACGACUUUCAGAGGCCAUAGGAACCAAGACCACAGACGAAUGCAUAGUGAGUGCACACCACAGGAUAACACAACACGACACAGACACACUCCCCAUCUCUCUCAUCUCUCUCACGGGUAUGCUUUGUGUGGGCUGCGGCAACAGGAAUUCUACUACACGUUCAAGCACGGCCUGUCGUUGAAGGCCAUCGAAGGCGCCAACAGAAAAAGAAAAACCCUCGUACGAAAGGUAAGUCGGAGAGGGAGGAGAAGAGCGGCAGGCAUGUGGCGUGACUUUCUCUGUAUCAGAUUACAGACAAGGUCGGCAAGCUGGCCGAGUCGCUGGGGGUUGACCCGCCGCAGCCCCGCAGCGGUGACGGCGGUGAGGUGCCGUCAGCCGCCGUCACCCCUCAAUUCGCCACCGACGGAGACGAGCGCGCCACGUGCCUGGCCCACAUGAAAGCGUUCGAGGCGGGCAGUGUCUCCGUCUGGUUGCUAUUGCGGGCCAUGGCAGCCAGUUCCGCCGCUGCCGCCAAAUCACGCACGACACGGCACCGCAGCGGCUUCCGACGUGCAGCCAUCGACAAGUGCGGCUCCGAGUUGGCCGAGGGUGGCCGACGCGAACGGUCACUGCGGGAGGGCCGCCGUCGCCGGAGCGACGAGGAGGAGAACGACGCCGACAUGGAUGACGAGAACAUCACCACCGGCCGCCACCGUUGCAAGACCAACAGCGAGGUCGACAAACUCGCCUUCCAGACGGGCCAUGUCUCCGUCUACCUGCUAUUGCGAGCCAUGGCAGCUAAUCGGUGCUGUCGUUCUGUCUUUCUCUCUGCUGCGCCUGUUGUGACUCACCCCAAUGGAAAAGUGAGAGAGAGAGAGAGAGAGAGCGCGAGAGAGACUGGGAUCAGCGGGCUGUAUCGGUGUCUACGUUUUAUAUCGUCGUGUAUUACUUUCCGAAGACACGCACAUUGGUGAAGUCCUGGAGUGAGUGAGUCAGUCAGCGGGUGAAUAGAUGCAGACUUGUUGAUAGACUUCUAUCGACAUCAAAACCAUUCCAUGCGUCCCUCCAUUCGAUUAAUAAGUGCGGACAUCCAUCCAUCUAGGACACACAGAAAUAGCACACACACACACUAUCCUCUCAUCGACAAUCGUUCAUCCGGUAGCCCGCCAGCCCACCGGCUUUCACCCAACAUGUUGCUGGUGAAGGUCCCUGGGCCAUCAACGACGGUACGAAGCCGCAUAA